GGAGGAGGAGGAGGAGGAGGAGGAGGAGGAGCAGCAGCAGCAGCAGCAGGAGAGACGGUGAAAAGGAGGGGAGCCUCUAACAGAAUGAGCUCAGAUGAGCUGAGAGGACAGAGGAACAUGGAGGUCUGUCAGAGGACACAGCAGCUGUUUGUCUCGAUGAUGAUGAUGAUGCUGAUGAUGAUGAUGAUGAUGAUGAUGAUGAAGAGCUCAGCUGCUGCACAUCAGAACUUGUGCUCGAACACGACGGUGCUGAGGACUCGGACGGCGUGUCACUCGUGCAGCAUCAGCAUGUUGAUGCCGUGUUUGUCAGGAUACAAACAGACGCCCAGAUCCACAGCUGCAGACUGCAAGUACUACAUCAGGACGGCCAGUCUGAAGCUUCCCAUCAGCGGCUGCUCCUUCGAGUGCUACAGAGAGGAGGAGGUGAGGAGCUGCUGUCCUGGUUUCUGGGGUCCAGACUGUAUUGAAUGUCCUGACCGGGCCGACAGACCCUGCAGCAACAGAGGAGUGUGUUCUGAUGGACUGGGAGGAAACGGCACCUGCAGCUGUCAGGUGGGAUUUGCAGGUGUCGCCUGUGAGGACUGUGCCUCUGGUCGCUAUGGUCCCACCUGUAGCUCAGUGUGUUCAUGUGUCCAUGGCGUGUGUGACUCUGGAUUAAGAGGUUCUGGUUCCUGCACCUGCUUCUCAGGAUAUAAAGGUCCAAACUGCGAUCAAGAGUUACCUGCGUGUGUGGCUCUCAGGUGUGAGCAGAACUCUCGCUGUAUGGAAGAAGCUCUGACAGGACAGCUGGUGUGUCAGUGUCUCCCUGGUUACCAGAGAUCAGGAGCUCAGUGUUUGUCUAUAAACCCGUGUGUCCAGCGAGUCUGUCAUGUCCAGGCGUCCUGCGUCCACACCGGUCCAAACCAGCACCUGUGUGCCUGUAACGAGGGAUUCACCGGCGACGGACGAGUCUGCAUGGCCAUCGAUCCGUGUCAGACCAAACAGGGAGGCUGCUCCGCCGGGUCGGCACGCUGCGUCUACGACGGACCGGGGAAGUCUCACUGUGAGUGUCUUCCUGGUUUCAAUAACCUGCUGGACGGCGGCUGCAGCCUGACGGACUCCUGUAGACCUGAUUCCUGUGACAAGAACGCCAACUGUUCCACUGUGGGACCAGGAAGAGUCGAGUGCACCUGUCUCCAGGGUUACCUUGGUAACGGUAAAGUGUGUUAUGGGAACAUCAUCCAGCGUCUGACAAGUCUGAACACUGAACCUGGAGGACAGUGGAGCGGUCAGCUGAGCAGCGCCAUCACUCUGUUCAAUUCUCUCUCGUGGCCUCUGCAGAGUUUGGGUCCUUUCACUCUGUUUGUCCCGAUCAAUAAAGGCUUCAGGGGAACUUCAGUGAGGAUUCUGACAGCUGACGAGUCCAAAGCUAAAUACCUGUGUAAGAUGCACCUGGUUGCCGGGGUGAUGCCCUUUGACACUCUGAAAAAAACAGACGUUUUUUACACCCUGACUGGAAAAUCAGCUGAGACGGACACGACCGAGGGGGACAGUCAGACGAAGAUCCGUAUCCAUGGCAGCAGGAAGAGAGGUGUGAUCGUGCAGCCUGACCUGGUGGCAUCUAACGGGAUGAUUCACAUCAUCAAUAAGCUGAUGGACAGUGUUUCCCCCACAGUGGAGAGUGACACACAGGAGAAUCUGAUGAAGAUCAUCUCUGACUACGGAAAGUUUGACAAGUUCAAGUCUUUGUUGGAGAGAGCCGACCUGGCAUCAGUCCUGGACCGUCCUGGUCCAAUCACCGUCUUCGCUCCGAGCAGUUCAGCCUUCGAUACGAUGGCUGAAGGACACCUGCAGUACCUGAGCAGUGCUGAAGGUCACAACAAACUGGUGGAGCUGCUCAGGAACCACAUGGUCCAGUCCACGGCGCUGGAGGUCUAUAACGCCGUGUCCAGUCCCAGAAUCAUGACGAUGGCGAAUCAGGUUCUGACGAUAAACGUGACAGAAAACGGUCAGAUUAUGGUGGACGGAGUGGCGGUGUUGGAGGCGGCAGUCGAAGCUAAAAACGGUCGUCUGUAUGUCGUGGAUGGAGUCUUGACUCCGCCCUCCAUCAAACCUGUGCUGCCCCACAGGUGUGACAUCACCGACACCCAGAUCAUCAAGGGUGAAUGUGUCAGCUGCUCAAAGGUCAAACUGUCUCAGUGCUCGUCUGGAGUUUAUACAGGCCGCUCCAUCUUCGGAUGUGUUUACGCUCUGACCAUAAGCAGACCGGCUCUGAGCAUCCCGACCACCGGCUGCUCUCCACUCUGCAACACCACGGUCACGACUCCAGCAUGUUGUAAAGGUUUCUACGGUCCAGACUGCAGUCCCUGUCCAGGGGGAUACCAGACCCCGUGCUCCGGACACGGUCAGUGUUUCGAGGGGAUCGGAGGAAACGGUUCCUGUACCUGUGAUCCAAACUUCAGUGGCUCUCGCUGUCAGUACUGCUCGUCCUCAUACAAAUACGGGUCAAACUGUGACAGAACCUGUCCCUGUAUCCACGGACAGUGUGAUAACCGUCCUGACUCCGACGGUCGGUGUAAACCCGACUCCUGUCUGAUGGGUUUCACGGGUCGGUUCUGUGAACGCACGACAGUUGUGUGCGGCGCUCGGGGUCAGUUCUGUCACGCCCACGCCGAUUGUCUCUUCAGCCAGGGAACCACCAGCUGCGUAUGUAAACCUGGUUACCAAGGUGACGGUAUCACCUGUGUGGAGUCGGACCCGUGUGCUCCACCUCACCGAGGUGGCUGCAGCGUCAACGCCAAAUGUAUAAAGACCGGACCAGGUUCUCACUCAUGUCAGUGUCUGACUGGGUGGAGGGAGGAUGGAGACGACUGUCAGCCAGUCAACAACUGUGACGGUCCCGACCGAGGGGGCUGCCACCCCAAUGCCACCUGCAUCUACGUUGGACCUGGACAGAGUGACUGCACCUGCAAACCAGGUUACAAAGGAAACGGGCGAGACUGUGAAGCUGUGAAUCAAUGCGUCACCGCCAACGGAGGCUGCCAUUACUUUGCGAGCUGCCUCCUGCUGUCCUCUCGGUGGACGUGUGUCUGUGGGACAGGAUACGCUGGAAACGGUCAGAUUUGUUACGGGACGGUUCUGAAGGAGCUGUUUAAUUUGCCGGACACCUCCGACUUCUUCACAUGGACGACUGACUCUGGUGUGUCUCUGCCGGAUCAGAACCUCACCGUCCUGGUUCCGUCUUCAGCUGCUGUUGCUCAGAUGUCUCCAGAGGACAAAUAUUUCUGGACCAUGAAGGGAAACCUGCCGAGUCUCAUCAGAAAUCACAUGAUCCAGGGUUACUAUCCAGUAUCCAGCCUUAGCAACACUUCCUCUCUGACCUCGCUCCUCAAGACAACACUUCCUGUUUCAACGACCAAUGAGAAAACAGCUGUUGGAGGAGCGACCAUCACCACACCAAACGUAGCUGCGACCAACGGACUGAUCCACAUCAUUGAUAAGGUUUUAGUUCCUGACAGGAAGCUGAGUGAAGGUCUGCUGGCAACUCUCGGGCUGAGACCCGAGUUCUCUCUGUUCAGAUCCUAUCUCAUCGAUUACAACCUGACAGACGAGAUCGAACAGGCGAAUGAGUUCACCGUCUUCGCUCCCACAGACGCUGCCGUCACUGAUUACCUCAAGAAAAUGUCUGCAGCUGCCCUGGAUGUGAAUACGACUCGUUACCACGUGGUGGCGUCGGAGCGUCUGCUGAGGACCGACCUUCAACCUGGAGGAUAUAAACAGACGCUGCUUGGGUUCUCCUUCCAGCUCGGCAUCUACCCCCGAGACGGAAAGCUGUUUGUGAAUGACGCUCAGAUAAACUCAUCCAACAUCCUCAGUGGUAACGGAGUGAUCCACGGCCUGUCAGCUGUUCUGACCGUCAACCGGAACCGCUGUGAUGAGAUCCAGUACCAGAAAGUCAUGGGAAUCUGUGUCGACUGUUUGUUCCCACAGAAUAAAAUCUGCCCGAACAACACGACCCCAGACAAAUCCGUGAAGAGGAGGAAGUGUAUGUUCACUCGGAUGUUUGAAGGAGAACGUCUGCUGACGAUCGGCUGCAAAGCGACCUGCCUGCAGGAGUCCAUCGUGCGAAGGUGCUGUGGAGGGUUUUUUGGGCAGCACUGUGAGCCGUGUCCCGGGCCCAAAGGUCAGCCCUGCUUCGGUAACGGGCUGUGUGUGGACGGGACCAACGGAACCGGAGUGUGUCAGUGUAACAAAGGUUUUGAGGGGACGGCCUGUGAGACGUGUCAGAGAGGGAAGUACGGAGUCCACUGUGAUCAGGACUGCGGCUGUAAAGCAGGACGCUGUAAUGACGGCCUGAACGGUGACGGGACGUGUGAGUGUGAGGUCGGCUGGAGAGGAGUCCUCUGUGAUGAAAAAAUUGAGUCCAAAGCUGAUGAACUGUGCGGUUCAGCCAAAUGUCACACGAGUGCAAACUGUGUGAUCGCAGCCGGCAGCUUUCAGUGUCUCUGUGCUUUUGGAUUCAAGGGAAACGGAACGUUUUGUCAAGCUAUAGACGCCUGCUUGGUGGCUAACGGCGGCUGCAGUGUGUAUGCGGUGUGUAAGAAGACUCAGCCGGGCAUGAGAGAGUGUGUGUGUAGCAGCGGUUACCGUGGGGACGGACGUGUGUGUGUCGAGAUAAAUCCGUGUCUGGAGGGAAACGGAGGCUGCCACGCCAACGCCGACUGUGUUCAUGUCGGACCGAACAAAACUUCCUGUGCCUGCAGUGAUGGUUACUCAGGUGACGGGCAGAACUGCAAGAUGAUCAACUUGUGUCAAAAAAAAAAUGGCGGCUGUCACGACUACGCCAGGUGUAACAUGACGGGCCCAGGUGUUCGUACCUGCACGUGUAACAGCAAUUUCAUCGGAGACGGCGUCAUCUGCAGAGGCACCGUGGCGAAGGAGCUUCUGACGAGAAAGCUGAGAGACUUCUUCAUCGCUCUGAUGACGCUGGAUAUUCAUCUGAGAGGUCGCGGGCCGUUCACCGUCUUCGCUCCCAACGUUGAAGCCUUCACAGCCAUGACAAGCAAGCUGAAACCUCUGAAAGCAGAGAAACACAAAGAACAAGUCGGCUCUUUCCUACGCAACCACAUCGUCAUGUGUCACAUCCUGCUGCCUGCUGACCUGAGCCGACCCCGAAACCUGACAUCUCUGUCCGGUCUGGUCCUGACCACCGGAUCCACCCAGGGCCGCAUCUUCAUCAAUGAGGCUAACGUGACGUACAGCGACGAGGUCAGCGUUAACGGGAUCCUGCACGAGAUCAACAGAUUUCUGUUUCCUCCUGGCUUGGAAGGAAAACUAGAGCCAGACCUGAAACUCAACCUGAGUGAUGUAGCUGUACGUCACGGUUAUAAAACCUUCUACAAGCUGCUGGAGGACUCAGGUGUGAUGGACCUAGUGAAUGAUGUGAUUUACCAGCCAGUGACGGUCUUCUUGCCCUCGGAUGGCAUCACGGCGUCUCUGCCACAGGAGCAGAAGGACUUCCUGUUUCAUAAAGACAACCGACCGCAGCUGGUGGAGUAUCUGAAGUACCACAUCCUGCAGUCGCAGAAGAUUUACGCUGAAGGUUUGAUCCAUCUGGACUCGGCUCGGACUCUGCAAGGUUCACCGCUCUCUUUUGGCUGUGGAGGGAUGGAUGACAUUGGAGAAAUCUUUGUGAACGAUGGAAAAUGUCGGAUCGUUCAGAGACACCUCGUCUUUAACGGCGGGAUCGCCUACGGGAUCGACUGCCUGCUGACUCCGCCCAGCCUGGGAGGACGCUGUGAUGAACAGACGACCUUUGACCUCCAGAUGGACUGUGGACUGUGUGGCUCCAGAUCCGUCUCAGCAAGUCGCUGUCCCAAAGGGUCCAAACUGAAGGAGGUUCAGAAGUGCGAUCUUCCAACCAUGUUCGUCACCAAGAACUCGGGCUGUCGCAGCGUCUGUACUGUCAACUUCUGGCAGCCAAAGUGUUGUCAUGGUUACUACGGACGAGACUGUCUGGUCUGCCCUGGUGGAGUCAGCUCGCCAUGUAGUAACCGAGGAAACUGUGAUGACGGUCACCUUGGUAACGGUACCUGUACCUGUAACGCUGGUUUUGGGGGUGUGGCCUGUGAGCUGUGUAGUGAUGGAUUCUAUGGAGCCACCUGUAAAGCCUGUAACUGCUCAGAACACGGGUCAUGUGACGCCGGACGUAAAGGUACAGGGUCAUGUUUCUGUGACGUCGGGUGGACCGGAGAACGCUGCGAGAGCCAGCAAGCUGAAGUCCUCCACUGUUCUCCAUCCUGUUCUCCAAAAGCCGUCUGUCAGGAAAACAACACCUGUGUGUGUCGGCCAUUCUAUGAAGGAGACGGACUUACCUGCACAGCGGCAGACAUGUGUAAGUUCUGGAAUGGUGGUUGUGCUAAAGGAGCCAGGUGUUCUCAGAAAGGGGAACAGGUGAGCUGCACCUGUCCUAAAGGUCACUCUGGAGACGGCUUCACCUGUCAGCCCAUCGACCCCUGUGUCUCCGGGGACAAUGGCGGCUGCCACGAGCAUGCCACCUGCACCAUGACGGCUCCGGGGAAGAAGAAGUGCACCUGUAAGAACAACUACAUCGGAGACGGACUCACCUGUGAGCUCAAGCAGCUGCCAAUCAGCCGCUGUCUCCAAGACAACGGACAGUGUCAUCAAGACGCUACAUGUGCCGACCUCCAUUUUGAAGAUGCAAAGCUGGGUGUGUUUCACUACCGUUCAGAGAAGGGUCAGUACAAACUGAACUACACUGCAGCGCAAUGCAGCUGCACUGCACAGGGAGGAAGUCUGGCUACAUACAAUCAGCUGUCCUACGCUCAGCAGGGCGGGUUCAACAUGUGUGCUGCUGGCUGGUUGGACCAGGCCCGGGUGGCGUACCCCACCACUUAUUCCAAUCCCCUCUGUGGCUUUGGACACGUGGGCAUCGUGGACUACGGCAUCCGCAAAAACCUGAGCGAGACCUGGGACACCUUCUGCUACAGGAUGAAGGAGGUGAAGUGUGACUGUAAAGUUGGUUACGUUGGAGAUGGUUUCAGCUGUACAGGAAACCUGCUGCAGGUCCUUCAGUCCACGCCGACCUUCUCCAACUUCUUCACACAAAUCCUGAACUACUCUCAGGUGUCAGAGUCAGGGAGGCUUUUCAUGAAGCGUCUCAGUAACCUGACGGUCCAGUCAACGCUGUUUGUCCCCGACAACAGCGGCCUUCCUGACAACCAGACUCUGUCUCAGCGGGACAUUGAGUUCCACCUGUCCGAGGGUCAGGCGCUUCCUGUUGUCCAGAUGAAAAACGGCAGCAGGAUCAGGACUCGCGUCGGCAGUCUGACCGUCCUCGGAGUCGCCGAUCUGCUCGACCCGUCGGCUCUGUCGUCUCGUUACAUCAACAACCGCUUCGUCACCACCUCUGACGUUCUCGCCUCAAACGGGAUCAUUCAUGUUCUCCAGGGACCACUGGAAGCCCCGCCUCCUCGCCCAGAGAUGCAUGUGGGUCAUAAGGCGGGGAUGGGCGUCGGCGUGUUGCUGCUGGUCAUUCUGGUGGCGGGAGUCGUCUUUGUUGGAUACCACUUCUACACCCACAACACCAAACCCUUCCAGUUCCACUACUUCAAGGAGGAUGAGGUGGAGGAAGACUCUCCACCAACAGACAGCAAUCGCAGCAUCUGUAACCCGGUUUAUGAAGCAGCUCCAGAACCUGCCGAGUCCAACACAAGCGAUGUCACAGCGAAGGACAAACACGAGGUGGUGAACGGAGGCUCGUACGACCUCCUACAGGACAGCUGAGAGGGAAACUGCUGCUCACGGUUGAACUGGAAACUGUGUUCAUACUUCUGUGGACUGAUGGUCCAGUUUAGCACAGACUCAUACACUGAGUUUGACUUUCUCCUAAGACAGCAGCUGUAUCCUGACUCAGGUCUGUCUGAUUGUCUGACAACUGAACUGACAGGAUUCACCAUCACCAUCAUCUGCUCUCAGAAACCAACAGUAACAAUGUGUUCAGGAGCUCUGAGUUCACUUCAGGUAUCUCUGUUAUGGCAGACAAAGUGUCACAUCCAGUGAAUUCACUAACUGAUGUUAGUCCAGGACAUGAAAGGAAUAAUUUUACCAUGAUUAUAAAAGUAAACAUUUACUUCACCUCCAGUGAGAGUCUUAAAUCUGCAGUUUCUUAUGUUUGCUAUGUAAGAAAUGUUAGAACAACUUUUUUUUUUUUUACCUGCACACAAAGUGAAGACUCAUGUAGAACUGAAGUUAAUGUUGAUUAAAACCUCAAACUGUGUUCAAGAUGUUUGCACGGUUUUUCCUAAAAAGAUUGGUUUAAUUUUCCUGAACAAACCAAACUCAACAGUGAUGCAGGAAUAUAUUCUUUAAAUGAGAACUUGUAACUGUUGUAUGCAGAGUCUACGGUGUGACCUUUGCAAGUGGUUGGCGCUUUACACAGUUCUGCAUGCAGUGAUGGAAAUAACAGCAUUAAAAUAAAUGGUGUUACCAA